UUUUUGUCAGAAUUUCAUACUUAAAGAAUUCGUACUUAUACUUACUUGAAAAUUCAUACGGCCGUUUUCUGAUAUUCAUUUUUACCUCAUUUUUAGUCCAUCAUACUGUUUUAUGCCAUUAUAUACUGUAAAAGUGUGCGUAGACUUGAGAUGGGCGUGCCAAUAAUGAUCUGCAAUUUUGAAGAUAUUGACGGCGACGACUACUCCUGGCUCGAUAACGACGAGGCAAAGAGCUACUUGCGCGAGUUAUUUAACCGUGGCGAUGAUCAAAGGACUGACUACAAUGUUUUGUGCAGCUCAAUCAACGACAUUUACCUGUCAAUCUUACGAAUCCGUGAGGAGAUGACCAACUCAUACAACGUCCUCCUAACGUGUGUCGACUUACUUAAAAAGUACGUUAACACGAACUGCGCCAAUAGCGAGGACGGAAGCACCCUGGAUUCCUCCACUUCAAGUACUUUCAGGGGCAACCAACUGGACGACGUGUCGGACGGACUCAAUGACUCCCUGGGCGAAGACCAUCAGUAUUCCUUUCCUCUGGCCUCCUGUGUCAAGUGUUCCUGCCUUAUUAAGAUCGUUGUCAACCACGCUGUUGCUGGGCUCUACAUUGGAAAGAAUGGCGCUCACCUAAAGCGCCUUCAAAGCAAGUACCAAUUCAAGCUCACGCAGUCUGGCAGGGGAGCAAAGGGCGACUUUACUGGCGUGGGAUAUCCUUGUCAUAGGACUAACACUACACUUCUCUUCCAGGGCAAUCUGGUCGACAUUUUGCACGGCCUCAGGCCCCUUUACAAGAUUAUUCAAAGCGAUAUUUUGGCCCUCGACGACAAGUCUUUGGAGUUCCUCUCCGGCCGCACUGUCAAGGUGAAGUUCGAGUUAAACCUCGUUGUUCCUGCCGACAGGAAGCGCAUUUUACUCCAGGACACUGGCCGCAGGUGCAUGCAGCUCAGAAAUGCUUCCGGCGUUGAAAUCAUUGCUGGCAAGCAGAACUUUGAGGUUGGCAACAUUAAGGAGAGCAUUGUUACUCUCUUCGGCUUUGAGGAGAACGUCGAGAGGGCCAUGGAAUGGUUGGGCAUUUUUCUUCAAGAAAGUCCUGCCAUCACUUCUGGCGAUUACUACUUUAUGGACUACCCUAAAUACACCACUGCCAUUCCAGAAACUAACCGAACCUAAUAUCAUACAAAUUUUC